CCCCCCUUCCCCCCUCGAGGUGAUUGCCUGCAGUUCGUCUCCAGCCGUGGGCUCUGAUUGGCUACGAGGACGGUUGAGGCGGUUUCCGGAAGGGGGCGGUGGGAGGAGAAGCAAUAUGGCGGCGGAGAGCGGAGAGGGACCACAGGAGAUGAUGGAGGUCUUCUUCCCAGAUUGUUGGUUUUAGGAAGAUGUGAUGGGAGGAAAAAGUGCAUCCAAAAUCAAAGUAGAAACAAGGGUUGAUAAGCGGAUUGAAUCAGAGGAGUCAGGAGACGAAGAAGGGAAGAAGCAGGCAGUUCGCUUAGUGACUGACCUCAGUCAGCAGAGCCUGAGAGAUGAGCAGAAUGGUGAGAACUCUGCAGGAGAAGCAGAGAUACCAGUGGACAUGGAGACAAUUAGCCUGGACCCAGAAGCUGAGGAUGUUGAUUUGAAUCACUUCCGAAUUGGGAAGAUUGAAGGAUUUGAGGUGCUCAAGAAAGUGAAGACUCUAUGUCUCCGUCAGAAUUUGAUUAAGCGCAUUGAGAACCUGCAGCAAUUGCAGACCUUGCGGGAGCUGGAUCUCUAUGACAAUCAAAUCCGGAAGAUUGAGAACUUGGAGUCUCUAGUGGAACUUGAGAUCCUGGACAUCUCCUUUAACGUUCUGCGACAUAUUGAAGGACUAGAUCAGCUUACCCAACUUAAAAAACUCUUCCUUGUCAACAACAAAAUCAGCAAAAUUGAGAAUUUGAGCAACUUGCAGAUGCUACAGAUGUUAGAGUUGGGAUCCAAUCGAAUUCGGGCAAUUGAAAACAUCGACACCCUGGCUAAUCUUGACAGUCUGUUCCUUGGAAAGAAUAAAAUCACUAAGCUCCAGAACUUGGAUGCGCUGACAAACUUGACUGUGCUCAGUAUACAGAAUAACCGUCUGACCAAGAUUGAAGGGCUGCAGAGUUUGGUGAAUUUGCGUGAGUUGUACCUCAGCCACAAUGGCAUCGAAGUCAUCGAGGGACUGGAGAACAAUAACAAACUCACAAUGCUGGACAUUGCAUCCAACAGAAUCAAGAAGAUUGAAAAUAUCAGUCACCUAACAGAGCUGCAGGAAUUCUGGAUGAACGAUAAUCUCAUUGAGAGCUGGAGUGACCUGGAUGAACUGAAAGGAGCGAAGAACUUGGAAACUGUAUAUCUGGAGCGAAACCCCUUGCAGAAGGAUCCCCAGUACCGGCGCAAAAUCAUGCUGGCCCUCCCAACUGUCCGGCAGAUUGAUGCCACAUUUGUUCGAUUCUGAACCUCCUGCUGCCCCCUCUCUCCUGUCCUCCUUGCAGAAAUGUCCCAACAGGGUUUUUUUAUCCACUUACCACUCCCCAGGUCUUCAGUACACAGACACUCACAGAGCAAAUGGUCAAUAAAAAGCACUGAAUGCCAGAUCUUGUGUACAAUGCACUCAUUGUUUUUGAAAUGUUGUUAUUAUUAUUAUUAAAUCUUAACACAAGAGA